AUGACUAGCGAAACUGAAGGUGUUUUCGACGUGGACGGCCAAAAGCUCUACAGCAAGACCUGGACGCCUGAAGGUACUAUCAAGGCAAAACUUGUCUUCGUCCACGGUUUUAGCGAUCAUAUCGGACGCUACGACGAGCUUUUCCCCUACCUCGCAAGCCGUGGCAUACAGGUCUUCGGCUGGGAUCAACGUGGAUGGGGCCGCAGUGUGACCAAGACCGCUGAAAGGGGCUUUACAGGUCCGACAUCGCGCGUCAUCGCUGACGUCGCAGCCUUCAUCCGUGACAAGCUGCCAUCGCCAAACUGUCCCCUUUUUGUCAUGGGGCACUCCAUGGGCGGCGGUCAAGUCCUCGCUCUCGCCAGUGACCCUCAGUAUGACGACCUUGUUAGCCAGGUUCGUGGGUGGCUGCUCGAAAGCCCCUUUAUCGCUUUCACACCUGGUGAGGAGCCUGGAUUUCUCAAGGUGUUCUUUGGAAAGCUUGCUAGUCGUUUACUGCCUCGGCAGCAGCUCGUUAACGAGAUACCCCCGGAGAACCUGACACGGGACACAACGGUGCAACAGAGCAUCCGGGACGACGAGCUGAUGCACAACACUGGUACACUCGAGGGCCUCGCGGGUAUGCUCGAGCGAACAGAUGCACUGGCGCACGGCAAGCUGACUCUCAGCUCGAAUGUCAAGAGCCUUUGGCUGGGUCAUGGCACCGAGGACAAAACAACCUGCUUUAAUGCCAGCAAGAAAUGGUUUGACGCGCAGAUCAUUGACGACAGUACGCACAAGCCGUACGACGGUGCUUACCAUCAGCUCCAUGCGGAUUUUUGCAAAGAAGAGUUUUCCAAGGAUGUCGGAGACUGGAUUCUGGAGCGGUCGGGCGAAUCAGCGAAACCUGAAUCCAAGUUGUAG